AUGAGUGUAAACAAUGUGUCUAAUGAUGGUGCCGAGGUCGGAUCUAGCCAAAACGAUAUCUUCCGAGCCCUUAAACAGAUUAUGGAUAGGCUAGACAAGAUAGAGGAGUCGAGGCCUCAAGUGAGACCGGGUAAGGAAAUAGAUGCACGAGAACAUAUUGGCCCCUCAAGGCAAAGGCGGUCUAUUGUUCCGGAUCCCAUAGUGAAUACCGAGAGUGAAUAUGAGUCACGACCCCGACCUAGAGCGAGAGAAUAUGUUGAUGUGUCGGAACGAGAGGAAUCCCCUAGGCGUAGAGCCCCUAGAGCAAGAGCUAGAGUACAUGAGGAUGAAUCGGAUUAUGACGAGCCGCAAAGGCUUAGAACCCCUAGGCCGAGAGGUAGAUUAGAGGAUGAGUGUUCGGACCAGGAUGAACCACCCAUGAGACGGACCUUACCAAGGGCUAGGGUUAGGGAAAACCGUAGGAAUAAUGACACCGAAUUAGAUGGACCAAACCGAGACCAACCUCAUGGCCAUUAUGGGCAAACGGAGCUCAAGCUUAAACCUCCCCUUUUCUUAGGAAAGGUAGACCCCAAGGCAUAUCUAGAUUGGGAGCGACGGAUGGAUAACAUUUACGACUGUUAUUCCUAUUCGGAGCGUAGGAAGGUGCAAUAUGUUGCCGCCCAAUUAGCCGAGCAUGCCUUGACCUGGUGGGAUCGUGAGGUAACCGAGCGGAGACGUGGACAUUAUGCUCAGGUUGAGACGUGGCAUGAGAUGAAGAAUCUCAUGCGUAAACGUUACGUCCCUCCGCACUUCCAUCGAGACCUUCAAAGAAGGUAUAGGCGUCUAGCGCAAGGUACAAGGUCGGUAGAAGAAUUCUUCGAAGAGUUCGAACACAUUAGGAGCCGACUAGAGUUAGACGAGGACGAGAAAACGGUGAUGGCCCAGUUCUUAGAUGGACUGCAAGAUAAGAUUGCUCGAAAAGUUGAGCGACAAUCAUACCAUGACCUCCAAGAGCUCUUACACCUAGCUGUGCAAGUCAAACAACAAGAAAAGCGUAAAAACGCUAGGCUAAGUAGGACGAAGACAUACUCUAGUGGAACUACAGCGAACACUAAACCUCCCACACCCUUUCGACGAGAGAACCAUGAGAAUCGAACCCCGCAAGACACACGGGACAAAGGAAAAUCCCUGGAAACAUCCCGAACUAAACCAAACCUCGAGGCACCUCAAGACACUAGAGCUAGGGAGAUUAUUUGCUAUAAGUGUCGAGGGCGAGGUCACAUGUCCUGCGAUUGUUCGAAUGCUAGGGUCAUGAUCAUUAUGGACAAAGGGGAAUACGAAUCCAUGGACGAAGAAGAGGCCGAAGAUCUCGAGGAAGAGAUCGAAUAUCCGGAUAGCGGCGAAUUGCUCGUCACUAGGAGAGUGCUUAGCACUAUGGUCAACCCGGAUGAAACGGCCCAGCGGGAGACUAUUUUCCACACCCGUUGUACCGUUCAAGGGAAAGUAUGCGGUAUGAUAAUCGAUCGUGGAUCAUGUACAAAUGUCGCAAGUGCCUACAUGGUCAAGAAGCUCGGUCUAACCACUGAGAAACACCCGCACCCAUAUAAGCUGCAAUGGCUUAACAACAGCGGAGAAAUUAAAGUGACCGAGAGGGUCAAGAUUCCGUUCAGCAUUGGUAGGUACCAAGACGAAGUCCUUUGCGACAUUGUACCUAUGCAAGCCGGUCAUAUCUUUUUAGGACGACCAUGGCAAUUUGAUAGAGAGGUGAUACAUGACGGACAAGUCAACCAAUAUUCCUUUGUUCAUAACAAAAGGAAGGUUGUACUAGCACCUCUUAGUCCAUCUCAAGUGCAUGAGAUACAACUCAAACUAGCUAAAGAAAGCGAGUCAAAGAAGGCUAAUUUCUAUCUCACAACUAGUCAAGUCGGUAAGGCUAUUCGACAAGAACGAAAUGUCCUUCUUUUGGUCUUCAAGGACCUCAUGAGCAUAAGGACCGAAACGUCCCAUGAUAGCCCUUCUAUAAGCCGACUUCUUGAGCAGUUUAAGGACAUUUUUCCCGACGAGAUACCGGCUGGACUUCCCCCGAUACGAGGGAUAGAGCACCAAAUUGAUCUCGUACCCGGUGCACCUUUGCCUAACCGACCAGCCUAUAGGAUGAACCCCGAGGAAACUAAAGAGCUCGAAAAGCAAAUCCAAGAGCUCAUGAGCAAAGGUUACAUCCGAGAAAGCCUUAGUCCAUGUGUUGUUCCGGUACUUUUAGUGCCAAAGAAAGAUGGAACUUGGCGCAUGUGUGUGGAUUGCCGAGCAAUAAACAAUAUAACGGUUAAGUAUAGGGAUCCCAUACCUAGGCUAGACAAUAUGCUUGAUGAAUUGAGUGGAGCCACAAUCUUUUCGAAGAUCGAUCUAAAGAGUGGUUAUCAUCAAGUAAGGAUGAGAGAAGGCGACGAAUGGAAAACCGCCUUCAAGACCAAGCAAGGUCUUUAUGAAUGGCUUGUUAUGCCUUUCGGGCUAACUAAUGCCCCGAGCACAUUCAUGCGGCUCAUGAACCAUGUCCUGAGAACCUUCAUAGGAAAGUUCGUGGUGGUGUACUUUGAUGACAUCCUCAUCUACAGUAGAAGCGAGGAGGACCAUGUUUCCCACCUCGAACAAGUAAUGACCACACUUAGAACAGAAAGCCUAUACGCAAACUUGAAGAAAUGUUCGUUUUGCACGGACGAAAUCGUAUUCUUAGGCUUCGUGGUCAGCUCAAAGGGGUUAAGAGUCGACGAGGAAAAGAUCAAAGCCAUUAAAGAUUGGCCGACUCCUACCACGAUAGGACAAGUGCGUAGUUUUCACGGUUUGGCUAGUUUCUACCGUCGAUUUGUGCGAGACUUUAGUAGUCUAGCAGCUCCCCUCACCGCGGUCAUAAAGAAGGAUGUGACAUUUAGGCCCAUGUUGCCCACCUCGAACAAGUAA